AUGGAUGAAGUUGAUCGAGAUGCUGCCAUAAAAGAGGAACAGGACCUCAAAACAACAGUGGACAGGGAGUGUGCCACUGAAGAUAAUCAACUUAACACAAAUGGUAUGAUAUCAGACUAAAGCCUAGUCAAGUGUUAUGUCUCUGUCUUGGGGCUGGGACUGCCACAUACGAAAGUAAACUCUGGUUAACUCUGCGAAACAGCGCUGAAAUCCUUGUUCUAGGGCCCCACCUGUCUACCAGGAUUUGAGUACGAGCUAUGAUUAGCCUGUUAAAAAAGCCAUUGUUAAUUUGCCAAUCAGAAUGAAAGGAAAUUCAAAUUACAUUUCAGUAUUUGGUUGACACCGUUGCGGGCCAAGAACGAGGAUCUUGGUGCUGCUUAGCAAAUGUUACUAACAGCCGUCAAAUUACAUCUGUGACGCAGGCUAGCCGGGACUAGGCAAUACUAGAAUUUGCUUGGGAUAUGUAUAACAGCCAUUGAUAUUAAAUUUCUCUCCUCCGCAGAGGCUCCCGCUGGGUAAUCCAAUAAAGAUAACAAUAACCGAAAAAUAGAAGGCGCGGUAUCGUGCACUGCGCGCUCUCUUUAUCUUUCUCCCAGCCUCCCUACAACACAAAAAGGCCUCUGCGGAGGAGAGAGAUGUAUUGAAUCCUAAAGUUCUUUUGGAGUUGACAAAAUGCAGGCACAGAUGUCCCAGCCCGCUUUAUUACAUGUUUUACAGAAAGGAGCUGAGGCACAGACAAGAAUCCAAGUUUAAAGGCUUUCUGGGCAUGCACAAUGCAAGCCGUCCCUUAGAUCAAUAAUAUACUGCACCUGAAGGAAGUCAAGAAGGAAUGGGGAGAUACUUGCUUUUCUUUUAGCUAAAUGACCAACCCUUGAUCACUCUUUCUACUCUUCCCAAUGUUCUGUGGGGCAAUUUAACCGAUAAUAAUAUAUUAAGUAUAGAAACAACAAAAUCAACAAAAAUGGAACAAAGUGGAAGGAUGAUCACUAAAUGUUUUUAUACUAGGCAACAACAACUUUCAAGUGUUAACUGUUAAAAAUGUUAUUCAGUAACAUUACCAAAGAAAACAGGACUCCUCUCUUGGUUCUCCCUGUAUGUAAUUAUGUUUUUUUUUCUUUACUUUUCACACUAGGUGUAGCUGACAGAGACAAGGCAACUGUGUCAAGCCCCCCUAAAAUAGAAUUCUGCAUAGCACAGUCAACAGAAAACCACAGUGCACUUCUUAAAGGAAUUCCAAAAGAGCCCUUACGUAAACCUCUUGACCAAAAAAUCUUGUUUGGUCGUGGUCAUUCAGCAGGGGUAUUCCUCAACGACGAUACCGCUUCACGGGAACACAUGACACUUUAUAUGCAAACGAACCCAGCAACAGGUGAAAAUAUAUUUGUUGUGAGUACAGUAAGUGAGAGCGAGCCGGUGUAUAUCAAUGGCACACCCUUUCAUAGGAAAGCAGGCACCAGAGUUCUUCAAACAAAUGACAAACUGAGAAUAGGGCAGCUUGAAUUUAUUGUCAAUAUCAUGCCAGGGGAUUCCACGGAGUUUUACCAAGUUGAAUUUACAAAGGGAAGUAAAGGAAAUCUUCAACAGCUCAAUUUACCACGUCAAGUUAAUUAUCCUCAGAUUCAAGGACAGGCAGGGAUUAACACACAGCCGAUCUUCCUGGCCAAUCACCCAGGUGCUGUUAUUUUUCCAAAUAACUAUGGUGUCCCUGUACCUGGUGCCCCUGUGAAUCCAGUGUUUAACUUGAACAUCUCAGCUGGUGGUGGUGUUACACAGUUUAAUCCCAUGGGACCAGCAUUUCAAGGAAGUCCUGCAUCAUUUGCUGUACCACCUGUGCCAGUGAAUCCUGGAAUAGGCCAGGGAUCACUACAAGUACAACAAUUUCCAGAAAAUCUGAGAUGUCAGGGCAUGACUCCUAGCCUUCAGCCUCAACAAGAGUCACAAUACUCAGGGAUGUAUCAGCAGGAGAGAGUGCUAGCACAUGAUAGAAGACAGAUGUGUCACACAAAAUUACCCUCUGAACAAAAUGAGGAUCCCAAACAAACUGGGCCAGAUGGUGUCCUCCAUGUGUCUAUAGAGGAAUCUGGGCUGCAAAAGACUUAA